CAUCUACUUUUUGUUUAUUUGGCUAAACCCAACUCAAAAACGAAAGUUGGGACAGCGGAAUAGAUUCGCUACAGUCUCUAAGAGUUUCUCGUCUGCAUUUUACUACAAGCUUACCUCCCACCAGUUAAGAACUCUAGAAUCAGACAAAAAUUCUAGAGUUAAAAUUGUUUUCUUAACAAUUCAAUAUUCUAGAGACGGUGACCAGUCUAAUUAGUGGAAGGGAAGGCAGAUCAGGAGUGGAGCACUGAGAACCUAUCACAUUUGAGAUAUGGAAGAUAACGACAUGCAGUAUGACUUCAAGAAAUUUCCGAAGCGUGGCCUUGCUUAUAUUAUUGUCAACGAGAGGUUUACUUCUGAAAGAUACCUCGACAGACCUGGUGCCUACACCGACUUCAAAAACAUGAAAAAACUGUUCAAACUGCUCAAAUUAAAACUCAUGCCAUUUUAUGAUAAAACUGCAAAACAGAUCAAAGAUAUCUUAAAUUAUGCUUCCAAUAGACCAGACCUUGCUGAACGAUCUUGCUUCAUUUGCAUUAUCAGUUCCCAUGGAGGACAUACAGGUCACAUGUCGGGGAAAAAGUCGAUGGAGAAUGCCAUAGUCGGUAUUGAUGGCAAGCCAGUGUCAACAAAAGAUUUAGUGGAUUUAUUCUCUGAGGACAAGUGUCCUCACAUGAGAGCGAAACCAAAACUUUUCUUCAUUCAGGCGUGCAGAGAGUCGGUCGACAGUACUGAUCUCAGUAAAGCUCUGGACUUGGGCGUAAAUGUCCAAUCCAUAGUGCCAGCCAAGGUGCGCAAAUAUCGACGGAUGAGACGAAAAUUAUCAGCAAGCACAAAUUAUGACAGUUCUGAUAGUAAACCAGAACAGUCAGAUGUUCCGUUUGAAGCACUGGAUGAAAUCAUUGAGACAGGUCCUGGAGGUAAGGACACUGAGGAAGAGGAGGAGGAGGAGGAGGAGGAGGAGGAAGAGGAGGAGGACCACCAGUUUUCUGACGGCUAUGACACAGCGACUACAGACAACGAUUCUGAUGGAGAAGAUGAGGACAGAGAAACGGGACAUGAUGACAUCAGAUACAGGGACAGGUCAUCAUACACCAAGCAAUACAAAGACGUUGUUCCUGAAGGUGACAGUUUACCAGGAAUCCAACACAUUGAGGGGAUAACCCCUGAAGAUACGCCCACUGAUCAGGCCGACACCGGAGGAAGCCAACUGUCAAAACCCAGGGGGAUCACAGAUAGAUUACCGGAAAUUGAGAGGGUGGAGGUUACCGCCAUCCCUUGUCACAAAGACAUGCUGGUGAUGUUCGCCUCCCCACCAGGUAAGCUGGCGUGGAGAAGCAAAACAGAAGGAGGCUGGCUGUUGGCGUCCCUCUACAAUGUCUUCAAACAUUAUAUACGCAACAAUGAAAUCCUCGACCAAGACUUUCUUACCCUCCUUACUGAGGUAUCACAGGAUGUUUCCCUCAAAGAAUCUGACACGUUCGAUCCGAAAACCAAAGCAAUGAAGAUGGUCCCGACAAUUUACCACCAGCUCACAAAGAAUAUUGUUAUUUGUUCUAUUAAGAAAACAGGACUAUUACAAAAGCUUGUGGAGAAAGCCAAAAAACAUAUUCCAAAAUGAUUAUCUGACAUGAAUUGCUCAAACAUUGUCAGGUCCAACUGUUAAUUCCUAAUGAGCUUAACUCAUUCACCCCUGAAAUUUUAUAAUGAACUAUUCCGUCCUUUGAAUUGGAAGAGUUCAAAUGUGUCU